CCACCGAACAGAACAUGGGAUUUUUACGUCACUGGUUUCCACCCAUUGUUGUCCUGUAAGUAUGCGGAACACGGAGACUUUAUGAAUCGAUGCCCUCCUUCCCAGGUUUCAUUGUUGAAGUGGGGAAUGACAGACGUUCACACAUAGUUCAUCCACCCACCAGAGAGGAUUACAGGAUCAGCCAGCUGAAAACCACAAACCAAACAUGGAUUCUCACCUUGGUUUUACGUUCGUACUAUUGUCGCUCUUCCUAAGGAUAAACCUAAACUUCAGUUCUAUAGAUGUAAAAGACCUUCUACCGUUAAAAUGCCGAAUAGCCGGAGUAGUUCUAGUGGAGAAGAAGUUUAAUUACACAAUGGCGGAGACUGCAUGUGAGCUUCUUGGGUUACAACUCGCCAGCAGGGCCAACGUACAGAAAGCUUGGAGCUUCGGCUUCGAGACAUGCAGCUAUGGGUGGGUGAUGGAGAAAUUUGGAGUUAUUUCACGGAUUCAAAACAAUGAAAAAUGUGGAAAGAAUCUAACCGGGGUUCUCACCUGGACUGUACCGCUGUCCCGCGACUUCAGCGCCUAUUGUUUCAACGCUUCUGAUCUGCGGAUCAAUUCCUGUAAACCACAGCUCAUGGUCACCAUACCACCAAGCACUGUGGCGCCAACCACUGGAUCCCCGCUACUGCCAACCACCCACCAACAGAUCCCGGAACCACAAGAGAGAUCAACAGCCUGGCCGAUCUUACCAACCACAUUAGAAGAGUCAACAAGGCGUCCAUUGCUUACCACGCUGGUAACAACAGUAAGAUUGCCACCAAAAGUGGUUCCGCCAGCUACAACACCUAAACAUGUUCUACCAGCUACAACCCCAAAACAGGUUCCGCCAGCUACAACACCAAGGAUGACAACUCAACCACCAACAGAAGAACCGACUAACCCACCGGAAAAUCAAGCACGACAGAGCGAAAAAAUCGUAUUUGGAAAAUUACCGACCGUGCUUCUCAUCCUGGCUCUAGUGUUUUUCGUAGCAGCCGUGGUACUCGCCAUCUGCUAUAUUAGGAAGUACAAAACCAACGUCUUCUUCAGAAAGAUAAAAGAGGAGAAGGAAUCUGUGGAGACCAAAGUGUUCAGGGAAACCGCCACCGCCGAGAACACGAAAGAAGAAGAAGUAUCCUCCAAUGGGAGGGAGGAGAGGCCACCAACCUCCGAGGCCAACACAGGGAGCAGUAUGGAGGCCGAGGUGUAGCUGGGGGACACGGGCUCACGGAUGAACUGCCAAUGGGGGGGAACGGAACCCACCCGGGACAGCCAAUGGACAACACCAGACAGAGCCGUGGCCUUGGGAACUCUUCCAAAAAAGAGUCACAGCUGGAGACUUUGGUGGCUUUUAUGUGCCCAAUAAAAAGGGUAAAAAAAAAAAAAA